CACCUCUGUUUUUCUCCUUAGCGCUGUACGCGGUGAAAGUGCGCGCCGAAGCCAUGCAAAAGGCGUCGGAAGCUGUCCCCAGCGGAAUGCUGUCCGUUGUCGGCCGGCGAGAGGCGAAUUACAAAUUUGCCUGCUUGGAAGCCCGUAGACACUGUGAAUCGCUGGGUAUAGAAAACCCUGUUUGUGAAGUUUCAAACUAUCUGUUUCCAGACAGCAGAGUCAUUGCAGGACACUUGCAGGCUUUGGAGUUUUUGCAGGAGAAUGCCCGAAAAUACUAUUUUACACGUACAAAAAUGCUUCCGGUCAGUGGGGCUUUUCACACCAGACUUAUGGAACCAGCAGUGGAGCCCUUGGCUGAAGUCCUAAAAUCAAUCGAGAUUCAGAAACCACUGUUUAAUGUCCAUUCCAAUGUUGAUGGGAAAAGGUACAUGCACGCAAAGCACAUUCGGAAGCUGUUAGUGAAGCAGGUGGUGUCACCUGUUCAGUGGGAACAGACCAUGCAUUCUGUAUACGAAAGAAAGCAAGGAACAGAAUUUCCUUACACAUAUGAAGUGGGGCCUGGGAAUCAACUAGGAGUCAUUCUCAAAAAAUGUAAUUUAAAGGCCUGGAAACAAUAUAAACAUGUGGAUGCUUUGGAAGAUGAGGAAGCAGAAGAGACCUAA